AAAUACUCUGUAGUAGGACUAUCUAGCCAUGCCUUCUAUUGAGGCCUUGAAGAAGCGGUUCCCCUUCCGCAGAACUAACACUAGCACUGAUGCCAUUCCUGUGCAGGACAUUCCACCAGAAAAGAGCGAUGAAACAGGGUCACAGCCCAGCGAGGCUGUUCUACAGACCGGAGAUGGUGUCACUGAUCCGACUCGCAACCUCUCCGAGGUAGAGGCAAAUCGCCGCCUCAGCACCUUCCGAAAACAACAUCAUUACGACCCUAACCUCCCUGACUCGGCCUUCGAAGCCGUCGAUGAAGCUACCGAAGCCCGGAAUCACAAAGGUGAGGCUGAGCUCGUAGGUGACUUGGUCGAAAACUCACCUUAUCCGGAGGUCCGGGCCGUCGUACGAAACUACGAUGAAGAUGUCCCUACGAGUACUGUCCGAGCAUGGACAAUCGGUCUCAUUUUGACAACCGUCUGCUCAGGUGUGAAUGCUCUAUUUUUGCUACGAUAUCCUCCCAUCUCGAUUGGACCGUACGUUGUCCAGCUUGUGGCGUAUCCUUUAGGUGUUGGCUGGGCCAAGGUAGUUCCAAAGAAAAAGUUCAAGAUCUUUGGAAUUAUUUUCGACCUAAAUCCUGGCCCAUUCAACGUCAAGGAGCAUGUCAUCAUUGUUGCCAUGUCCAAUGCUGCAUUUGGGGGUGGUGCAGGGUAUUUCAUUGACACUGUUGUAUCACUCCGCAAAUUCUAUAACUUCGACAGCUGGGGAUGGGGCUUCAACCUGCUCUUCGCCUUUUCUACUCAGUGUCUGGGCUUCGGGCUGGCAGGCUCGGUCAGGCGUUUCCUUGUGGAACCUGCUGCCAUGAUCUGGCCUGCCGCCCUUGUCAACGUCGCCUUCAUGUAUGCCUUGCAUGAUCAGAGCCCUAGUGAUCCGGCGAAGACAAAUGGAUGGUCCAUAUCGCGUUAUCGACUGUUCAUGAUCGUUUGUAUCGCCAUGUUCGUGUACUCUUGGUUUCCUGACUUCAUCUUCCCUGCAUUGAGCUACUUCGCCUGGAUCACCUGGAUUAAGCCGAAUAAUGUUGUAGUGAACCAACUCUUUGGCCAGGUGACUGGAAUAUCUCUGGGAUUCCCUUUCACUGGUUUCACGCUGGACUGGGCACAGAUCAACAGCUUUUAUGGCAGUCCUCUCAUUGCUCCAUGGCACGCCCUUGCCAAUACCUUGAUUGGCUGUAUUUUCUUCCUAUGGAUUGUUGUACCUGCCCUUCAUUACACUGGAACAUGGUACGCUGAAUAUGUUCCCAUACUGCAAAAUGGCAUUUUGGACAACACUGGAACCACUUACAAUACUUCGGCAAUCUUGAGACCGGAUCAUACGGUUGAUCCACAACAGUAUGAAGCAUACUCGCCUCUUUUCUUGUCGACAUCGUUUGCUCUUGCAUACGGUCUGAGCUUCGCGUCUAUCACAGCACUAUUCUCACAUACCUGGCUUUUCCACGGCAGUGAAAUCUGGGCUAGACUUAAAGCCUCGCAUGGAGAACUGGACGAUAUACACAUGAAGAUCAUGCGCAAGUAUAAGACGGUCCCUACUUGGUGGUACUUGUCGCUUCUGGCUAUCAUGGUUGCAUUUGCAUUUGCAUCUGCUUGCGGCUAUGAUACUGGCAUGGCUUGGUACUCUGUCCUGCUCUCACUUGUCAUUGCAGGGUUCUGGACCAUUCCCAUUGGUAUGGUUCAAGCCUUCACGAACAUCCAACUUGGACUCAACGUUUUCACCGAAUUUAUCAUCGGUUAUCUUCAACCUGGACACCCUGUGGCCAUGAUGAUGUUUAAAACCUUUGGCUAUAUCGUCAUGACCCAAGCGCUCUAUUUCUGUCAAGACUUGAAGCUAGGACAUUACAUGCACGUCCCUCAACGGUCACUGUUUUUUGCUCAACUCGUCGCAACUUUGUGGUCAUGCCUCUGUCAGCUGGCUACGGUCGAAUGGGCCUUGGGGGCAAUCGACAACAUUUGUACCCCAGCCGCCUCAAACUUUUUUACCUGCGCAUAUAUCAAGACAUUCUACAACGCUUCAGUCAUCUGGGGCGCAGUCGGACCCAAGCAUCUAUUUUCCAGCGGCGCAAUCUACCAAGAUUUGCAGUACUUUUGGCUCAUUGGAUUCUUUGUCCCAAUUAUUGCCUAUCUUAUUGCUCGAGCUUUCCCAAAAUCAAUGGCACGGAAGUUCAAUAGCCCAUUGUUCUUCAAUGCGUUGGCUUAUGUUCCUCCAUAUAGCGCUUUCAAUAUUGUGAGUCCCCCCAUGUCGAAAAACCAAAACUUGCUUCUAGGCUAACUACUUCAUAGCUCGCCUGGUGUAUGGUGGGAUACGGCUUCAAUAAAUAUAUCCGCGACAAGUUUAGGGGCUGGUGGAUGCAGUACAACUAUGUCCUUAGCGCAGCUUUGGAUGUUGGCUUGGCCCUUUGCUCGCUGGCUAUCUUCUUCUUUGUGCAACUUCCUGGAGGGAAUAUGUCAAGCUGGUGGGGUGUAAGUGUCAUAGAUUCCACGCUUGAUGCACAGCAGGCAGCAAUUCGGAAGACUGUUGCGGAUGGUGAGAUAUUUGGCCCCAAGGAGUGGAAGUGGUAGUUGGAAACUGAGUCAAUUAGGGGCUACGCGGGUGAAAGUGUGUGAAGUAAGGGCCCGAGAGCCUCCCGGGUUUCACUAGCUAGGUAAGUAGGUAUCUAGUAGCUUUAUUCGACCAUGGUCGUUAUGAAAGGAUGAAGCCGUCUCGAACAAUA